AUGUACCGAGGGCGGACCAUAGAGGCGCGUGGUCAUCGGGUACCGAGCGCGGACAUAGAGGCCGUGGUCAUUCAAACCGCCGCCCGCGUGGUCCCCGCACCGCCGCCCGCGUGGUCCCCGCACCGCCGCCCGCGUGGUCCCCGCACCGCCGCCCGCGUGGACCCCGCGUGGUCCCCGCACCGCCGCCCGCGUGGACCCCGCACCGCCGCCCGGGUGGUCCCGCCCGCACCGCCGCCCGCGUGGACCCGCGUGGUCCCCGCACCGCCGCCCGCGUGGACCCGCACCGCCGCCCGCGUGCACCGCCGCCCGCGUGGACCCGCGUGGUCCCCGCACCGCCGCCCGCGUGGUCCCCGCACCGCCGCCCGCGUGGUCCCCGCACCGCCGCCCGCGUGGACCCGCGUGGUCCCCGCACCGCCGCCCGCGUGGUCCCCGCACCGCCGCCCGCGUGGUCCCCGCACCGCCGCCCGCGUGGUCCCCGCACCGCCGCCCGCGUGGACCCCGCACCGCCGCCCGCGUGGUCCCCGCACCGCCGCCCGCGUGGACCCGCACCGCCGCCCGCGUGGACCCACGUGGUCCCCGCACCGCCGCCCGCGUGGACCCGCGUGGUCCCCGCACCGCCGCCCGCGUGGUCCCCGCACCGCCCGCGUGGACCCACACCACACGGGGGUUUGUGCGCACAAGUUACGUUCUCUCGUCAAAAUUGCGUAA